UGUGAAGAACCAUUCUAUGUAGCCCGCUACAUCGCCAUGGUGGAAUCAUGGGCUGCUGUGGAUCCGGAACCGAUGUUCGGCAGCAAGUCGCGCCAGCCCCCAUCGAUGCAAAUGCUCAGCUGAGAGAAACUGCACCUCAGCAGGCAGAACCCGCAUCGACAGUCGCGGCGGCCGAACAUGCCCAGCUUAGAGAAGCUGCUGUGCCGGUGGAACCCGCGACGGCUUUGCUGGAGAGUGGCAAAGCCACAACGACAGACCUGAGGGAAUACUUCGAGAAGCACUACCGUGAAGGAGGAGAAUUUCUCCAUCCAGACUACGAGAAGACUCCAGAUGCGACUUUGCAUACUUGGCUUCACAAACCCACAGAUAUCCAGAUUUGGCAGGACGCCAUUGACCUCACCUCCGGUACUGGUGGCCAGGUGGUGUUUCACUACACUUCUGAAGUGGGAUUUCACAACAUCACGCAUCCCAGCAAGGAGGCCUCUGAGAUUUGGGCGUCUUUGAAUACGGAAGGGCCCAAUGCCAAUGCGUGGUGGGGUAAGGGGGUCUACACAGUGCCAUGGUCCCCGGACCAGUGGAGAGAUCGUGAUAAGCUACUUGACAACAACUUCCGCAACAUGAUGCGGAGAGAUCACAAGGAUCCAAUUCGAGGUCCAGAGUAUGUGAAACGUGAAUACCCCAAGAGGGCCGCGUUUUGCGUGCCCAUAUUGGUUGAUGGAUCCAAUGCCUUUGACGUAUCCAAAAAAGCGACUCCAGAAAUGGAGGCAGCAGGAAAGGAGCCGGGCAGAAAUCUGGCUGGCAAGCUCCUAAAUGAGCCUGGCAUGCCUCCUCGAUGUUGCAUUGUGGUUCGCGUGUCUGGUGAAGAUGGCGCAGUCCAACACGCGCGCGGACGCUUACUGGUUGCUCUGCGAAGCCGUGCUGCCCGCGCUGAGGGUGAAGCUGGCCGGGAGGCCAAAUGGAGGCUUGGCGAGGUGCUAAGAGGGCGAGGUUGCUACGAGGAGGCGUCGCCGAUUCUUCGUGAGCUGCAGGAAUUUUAUGAGACGACACAUGCACCUGAGAGCCGAUGGGCCUUGGCUAGUGCAAAUAACUUGGCACUUUGUUUGGAGCAGAUGGGCAAGUACACGGAAGCUGAGGAGUUGUACCGUCGCGCUACGCAGGCCAUGGAAAGGGCUUUAGGCCCUGAUCAUCCAGAUACUUUGAAGUGCAUCAACAAUCUGGCCAACGUCCUGCUGCAGAUGGGCCAGUACACGGAUGCUGAGAAGUUGUACCGUCGGGUUAUGCAGGCCAUGGAAAGGGUCUUAGGUCCUGAUCGUCCAUAUACUUUGAAAUCCAUCAACAACCUGGCCAACGUCCUGCUGCAGAUGGGCAAGUACACGGAAGCUGAGGAGUUGCAACGCCGGGCUUUGGAGGGAAACCAAAGGACUUUAGGCCCUGAUCAUCCAGAUACUUUGGCUUCCGUCAACAACUUGGCAUGUGUUUUGGAGAAGAUGGCCAAGUAUGACGAGGCUGAAGUAUUGAGUCGACAAUCAGUGGAAGUUUGUGAAAGGGCACUAGGCCCUGAGCAUCCGGCUACACUACUAUUCCUCGAGACUUUGGCAGACAUCCUGAGUGGCAUGGAGAAGAGUAGGGAUGCUGAAGUGCUGUAUCGACGGGUUUGUGAUGCUUACGAAAGGACUUUAGGUCCUCAACAUCCAAAUACAUUGAGAUCUCUCAAGAGCUUGGCAGGUCUUUUGGAAGGUGAGGGUAGGCACAGUGAUGCCCUGGAACUGUGCAGGCGCAUGGACUGUGCAUGAAGCGCAUGAAGCACAAGUCAAUGAGGUUGAGAGAGCGAUCCACUUGGUAAUAGCCAUGGCUGAAGAUCAGCAAGGCAUAACGACUGGAUGCACAGAACGUGCGCGAUCUUGCUUCGACUCCUGCGACGGCCUAAGGCAAAACAUGUGCGACAGAUUUGUGCUUGCAACUGCAACCAUGUACAUGCUGGGUAAGCGCAGCCAGGCUGAGGAGCUGUAUCGACGGGUUUGGGAUGCUUACGAAAGGACUUAAGGUCCUCAACAUCCAAACACAUGGAGAUCUCUCAAGAGCUUGCCAGGUCUUUUGAAAGCCCAAAGGGAAGCACAGUGAUGCCUCCCUGUGCUGUGCCCUCAAACAGCUUAGCGAGGCGUAGCUGCGCUGAACGCAAGGCUCAAUGCACUUCAACGCCUCGUUUCAACGCUCAACUGUCGGAGUGUUUCACCAGAUUUGUCC